GGUCCGUGUGAGAUGCGGAAGGAUACUACGUGAUGACGUAAGGACUGUUCUAUAUAAUACGGCAUCAGCCUCCACUGCGGCAUAUUCACUCAGCGGAAGCAGAAAGGAAGACACACCGAAGCCCAGAGAAGAUUUAAUACUGCGUUAUUCUUCUGUGCCAACAUGCAGAUCUUUGUGAAAACACUUACUGGCAAGACCAUCACCCUGGAGGUGGAGCCCAGUGACACCAUUGAAAAUGUCAAGGCUAAGAUCCAGGAUAAGGAAGGCAUUCCCCCAGACCAGCAGAGGUUGAUCUUUGCCGGCAAACAGCUGGAAGAUGGCCGCACCCUGUCUGACUACAACAUCCAGAAGGAGUCCACCCUCCACCUGGUUCUGCGUCUGAGGGGUGGUAUGCAGAUCUUCGUGAAGACCCUGACAGGAAAGACCAUCACCCUGGAGGUGGAGCCCAGUGACACAAUUGAAAAUGUCAAGGCUAAGAUCCAGGAUAAGGAAGGCAUUCCCCCAGACCAGCAGAGGUUGAUCUUUGCCGGCAAACAGCUGGAAGAUGGCCGCACCCUGUCUGACUACAACAUCCAGAAGGAGUCCACCCUCCACCUGGUCCUCCGUCUGAGGGGUGGUAUGCAGAUCUUCGUCAAGACCCUGACAGGAAAGACCAUCACCCUGGAGGUGGAGCCCAGUGACACAAUUGAAAAUGUCAAGGCUAAGAUCCAGGAUAAGGAAGGCAUUCCCCCAGACCAGCAGAGGUUGAUCUUCGCUGGAAAGCAGCUGGAAGAUGGCCGCACCCUGUCUGACUACAACAUCCAGAAGGAGUCCACCCUCCACCUGGUCCUCCGUCUGAGGGGUGGUAUGCAGAUCUUCGUCAAGACCCUGACAGGAAAGACCAUCACCCUGGAGGUGGAGCCCAGCGACACCAUUGAAAAUGUCAAGGCCAAGAUCCAGGAUAAGGAAGGCAUUCCCCCAGACCAGCAGAGGUUGAUCUUUGCCGGCAAACAGCUGGAAGAUGGCCGCACCCUGUCUGACUACAACAUCCAGAAGGAGUCCACCCUCCACCUGGUCCUCCGUCUGAGGGGUGGUAUGCAAAUCUUUGUCAAAACCCUCACUGGCAAGACCAUCACCCUGGAGGUGGAGCCCAGCGACACCAUUGAAAAUGUCAAGGCCAAGAUCCAGGAUAAGGAAGGCAUUCCCCCAGACCAGCAGAGGUUGAUCUUUGCUGGAAAGCAGCUGGAAGAUGGCCGCACCCUGUCUGACUACAACAUCCAGAAGGAGUCCACCCUUCACCUGGUUCUCCGUCUGAGGGGUGGUAUGCAGAUCUUUGUCAAGACCCUCACCGGCAAAACCAUCACCCUGGAGGUGGAGCCCAGCGAUACCAUUGAGAACGUGAAGGCCAAGAUCCAGGACAAGGAAGGCAUUCCCCCAGACCAGCAGAGGUUGAUCUUUGCUGGAAAACAGCUGGAAGAUGGCCGCACCCUGUCUGACUACAACAUCCAGAAGGAGUCCACCCUCCACCUGGUCCUCCGUCUGAGGGGGGGGCAAGGUGCAAACAUGCAGAUCUUCGUGAAGACCCUCACUGGCAAGACCAUCACCCUGGAGGUGGAGCCCAGCGACACCAUUGAAAAUGUCAAGGCUAAGAUCCAGGAUAAGGAAGGCAUUCCCCCAGACCAGCAGAGGUUGAUCUUUGCUGGAAAGCAGCUGGAAGAUGGCCGCACCCUGUCUGACUACAACAUCCAGAAGGAGUCCACCCUCCACCUGGUCCUCCGUCUGAGGGGUGGUAUGCAAAUCUUUGUCAAAACCCUCACUGGCAAGACCAUCACCCUGGAGGUGGAGCCCAGCGACACCAUUGAAAAUGUCAAGGCUAAGAUCCAGGAUAAGGAAGGCAUUCCCCCAGACCAGCAGAGGUUGAUCUUCGCUGGAAAGCAGCUAGAAGAUGGCCGCACCCUGUCUGACUACAACAUCCAGAAGGAGUCCACCCUCCACCUGGUCCUCCGUCUGAGGGGUGGUAUGCAAAUCUUUGUCAAAACCCUCACUGGCAAGACCAUCACCCUGGAGGUGGAGCCCAGCGACACCAUUGAAAAUGUCAAGGCUAAGAUCCAGGAUAAGGAAGGCAUUCCCCCAGACCAGCAGAGGUUGAUCUUCGCUGGAAAGCAGCUGGAAGAUGGCCGCACCCUGUCUGACUACAACAUCCAGAAGGAGUCCACCCUUCACCUGGUCCUCCGUCUGAGGGGGGGGCAGUAA